AUGACGGUAACUACGAACCCAACCAUCAGCGGCCAAACGACCUUGGUCGACAAUACGGUAUCUCAGAAGAAUGGCAAGGGCCUGAGUAACGGGACAGUGACCAACAAUGGCAUGUCCAACCCGGCCAUGACAUUCCCGUCCCAGUCGCUGCGAUUCCUGGAGAAGGUAGAGACGAAGGAUGUUACUCACUACCAGAAUGGCUCAAAGGCGCCUGAGCUGGCUCGUCUCAAGUUAGACGUGGUGAUAGUUGGCGCCGGGAUUGGCGGUCUAGCUUGUGCAGUUGCCUUAGCACGAAGAGGCCACUCGAUCGGCGCGGGCAUUCACAUUCCUCCAAACGCGGGACGAUUACUGCACCAAUGGGGAGUUGCUGAACAUCUUGAGAAGCUUGCUAUCAAGCCCCAGGGUAUCAAUCUCCGCAGAUGGGAGGACGGCAGUGUGAUAGGGCAUACUACGCUUGGCGCAAAUUACAAGAGCGAUUUUGGAGUGCCGUAUUAUGUGGUGCAUCGGGCUCACUACCAUGAAGCGCUGCACAAGGUAGCUGGGAAGCUAGGUGUGACGAUUCAGCUAGGCGCAAGAGUUAUCGAGUAUCAAGAGAAGAAAGGAACCGUCAUACUCGAAGACGGGUCUGUCGUUGUAGGAGACCUGGUGGUUGCUGUUGAUGGCAUCAACUCAACUGCGCGCAGCUAUAUUGAACCGGAUGCUUCUCACGAGCCUGUGUACAAUGGCUUGGCUGCAUAUCGAGGCACCAUUGACGCGAACAGGAUGCGCCAGGAUCCAGAUCUUGCGUGGAUGUUGGAGAAACCGGAUCUGAACCUCUGUUGUUUCGGUAGGAUCGGGCAACGCAGACACGUCAUGUCAUACGUGAUAGCAGCUGGAGAGUCCCUCAACAUGACAUGGUCACAUUUGGACGAUUCUGACCCGAGCACCUGGCCCGAAAAGUUCGACCGGGAACACAUGUACAAGGAGUUCAGUGGAUGGGAUCCGCGAUUGACCAAAAUCAUUGCCCUGAUUGAUUCUUUCAUGAAAUGGCCGUUGAAAGUCGCGCGACCAUUGACAACAUGGCUCUCGGCCUCAUCCAAAUUACUCGUCAUGGGCGACGCAGCGCACGCUAUGCUGCCAUACAUGUCCCAAGGUGCUGCCAUGGCAGUCGAAGACGGCGCCGCUCUCGCAAUCACGUUGAACCAAGUCUCCUCUCGGGACGAAAUCGCGCCGGCGUUGAAAGUCUUCGAGAAAGAACGGAUGAAGAGGACAAGUGACAUGUGUAACGCCAGCAACGUUAAUGGCAUGAUUCUUGGACUCCCAGAUGGACCAGAGCAGAGAGCGAGAGAUGCAUCGAUGGCACCGGAAGUUCGAGGCGAGCAUUAUACGCAUAGUGCGAAUCUGUGGAGUGAUCCAGUCACGCAGUGGUGGGAAUAUGGGUAUGAAGCUGAGGAAAGCAUGGAGAAGGCGUUGGCGAAAGAUGUUGCCGAGCAGCAGAGUUAA